GAGCAACCCUACACGUGACGCGUGCGGAGUAGGCUAGAGGGACGGCGCCUGCUGGGUCCGCCCCAACAGGCGGUGGGCGGAAUGCCGAACUUCAUUUUGAAGGGGGUCAGGAGCCAAAGGGGUUAAAACAGCGACUCCCCCACUUCCCGCCUCCCUCAGACGUCCACCUAGCUAGCCAUGGGCAGCCGCGACCACCUGUUCAAAGUGCUGGUGGUGGGGGACGCCGCGGUGGGCAAGACGUCCCUGGUGCAAAGAUAUUCACAGGACAGCUUCAGCAAACACUACAAGUCCACGGUGGGAGUGGAUUUCGCUCUGAAGGUUCUCCAGUGGUCUGACUCAGAGAUGGUGAGGCUCCAGCUGUGGGAUAUUGCAGGACAGGAGCGCUUCACAUCCAUGACACGACUGUACUACCGGGAUGCUUCUGCCUGUGUCAUUAUGUUUGAUGUUACCAAUGCCACAACCUUCAGCAACAGCCAGAAGUGGAAACAGGAUCUGGACAGCAAGCUCACCCUGCCCAAUGGAGAGCCUGUGCCCUGCCUGCUCUUGGCCAACAAGUGUGAUCUGUCCCCUUGGGCAGUGAGCCGAGACCAGGUCGAUCGAUUCAGUAAGGAGAAUGGUUUCAUAGGAUGGACAGAAACAUCAGUCAAGGAGAACAAAAAUGUUAAUGAGGCCAUGAGAGUCCUAAUCGAAAAGAUGAUGAGCAAUUUCAGAGAAGAUAUGUCUUCGUCCACCCAAGGGAACUACAUCAACCUACAAACCAAGCCCUCCUCCAGCUGGGGCUGCUGCUAGUUGUGUUCUGCUUGCUUUCCCUCCCAGUUCUAAUCCCUACCCUUAGGUUGCCCACCCAGCAAUUUUACUAAGUAUCUUUGAACUAUCUCGUGCUGACUCUCCAAUAAGGAGGGGCAUCAUCACCAAGAAAAGACACCUGGGACCAAUGUGCAUUUCUGCAUCACCUAGAACUUGGUUCUUACUUGCUGCUGGCUCACGUGGCCCACAUAGUGCCUUUUGUAUAAGAUCAUCUCAUUACUCAACUUAUGAUCUCAGAUUUUAUGGGAAGGAUUAGAAAUCAGUAUCUGUGCGUUAAGGAUCUUAAGGAUUGUAAUUCUCAGCUGCUUUUGAGCUUAUUUUUCCAUCUCAUGUAUGUUGAGAUAUCAAUCUGAUAUGACUUCAGACUGAGAGGAAAACAAAAUCAAAGGUCAUUUCCCAAAUUCCUUAUAGGUCAGAUUCUUUCUGUCUUGGAAUUUGAAUUUACUGUAAAUACC